AGCCACGGCCAAGUGUAACCCAGAUCCUACUUUAUUUCAAUCAUCUCGCACAAUCGAGGUUUCAGGACUUUAUUGUCUCUAUAGCACACCAAAUUCGGACUUGGCUUUCACCUCUAGACCCCACUGUGACAUUCCCCGACGUUACUGAUGCACACAAUGACUGCGUCCAAGAACGUGUACGACGUGAUCGUCGUUGGUGCUGGCCUUAGUGGUCUACAAGCAGCCCAAGUAAUCCAGGCUGCGGGGUUCACCGUCUGUGUUCUCGAGGCCACUAAUCGGGUCGGUGGUAAAACCCUGACUGUCAAAUCCUCCGAGAAGGGAUACAAUGAUCUCGGUGCGGCGUGGAUCAACGACACGAACCAGAGUGAGAUGUUCAAGCUCUUCCAAAAGUACGGCUUGGAUACCGAGGUUCAAUAUGCUUCUGGAGACACGAUUUUCCAUCUUGCUGAUGGUUCGUUGGACAAGGUACCCUAUGGACAGAUCUCAGGAGAUCCAGAAUUGUUUUUGGAGCUUGUAGGAAUUCUGAGAACCGAAUCCUCGAGCGUAGAUCUGGACGAUCCCCUUAAAUCGCACAAUUCUGUCGAAAUCGACCAAUUGACGUUCAAAGACCUUUGUGUUCAGAGAACGCACAAUGAACAGGCGCGCAGAAUCGCUGAUCUGAUUUCCACUGCGUUACUUGGGGUCGACAGUAAUGAAGUUAGUGCUCUGUAUAUGCUGCAUUAUUUCAAGAGUGGUUGCGGCAUCGACAAUCUUUUGUCGGACGGGAAAGAUGGGGGCCAAUACUUGAGGAAUCGACAGGGUAACCAAACAAUUUCGAAGAAACUGGCAGAGGAGCUUGGAUCAAGAUCCGUCUUCCUAUCAAAGCCGGUUGCCUCAGUUGAUCAAUUAGGAGGCUGCCAUGGCGUUGUUGCCGUCACGCAAUCUGGAGAGUCUUUCUACGGUCGGAAGGCCAUAAUUUCCGUUCCCACCACCCUUUACCCUAGCAUCACCUUCAGCCCUCCAUUGCCCGCGAAGAAAACAGCCCUCAGUGACAACACUGUCAUGGGCUACUAUAGCAAGACUGUGUUUGUCUUCAAAGAUCCUUGGUGGCGAACUGCCGGGCUAUCAGGCAUCAUCGAUUCGGAAGUCGGCCCGAUCAGCUUCACAAGGGAUACCAGUAUACCGGCAGAUGACCAAUGGUCUAUAACCUGUUUUAUCGUCGGAGAAAGAGGAAGACAAUGGUCGAAGUUAUCCAAAGCCGCUCGUCACAAGCAAGCCUGGGAGCAGUUCAGCCAUACUUUUGGCAAGUAUGUAAAGGGUAUCCCUGAGCCGACAAAUUCGCUGGAAAUGGAGUGGGCUAAGCAGGCCUAUUUCUUGGGAGCCCCUUGCCCUGUCAUGACACCCGGAAUAUUGACGACGGUGGGUACCGAGCUCACAACCCCCUUUGGAGAUGUUCACUUUGUGGGCACUGAGACGGCAACUGUGUGGCGAGGGUAUAUGGAAGGUGCCAUGAGAUCUGGACAGCGAGGAGGUGCCGAAGUUGUCAAAAAGCUUGCGGAUGAGCUGUCCACCAGGUAGAAAGCCAUUGAGAACAGGUCUAAAGGCAUGGUAGAAGGGACCGAUGUGUAUCCUCCCUUUGUUUUCUGAAUAUUUGAAGAUAUAUAUGUGUGUCUCUUGCUGGGACAUAGCGAGGGCCUAGGACAUUGCCACUGAACAGUCUUCUGAUACUCUCCAAGUAAUAACCUCUAUGUAGAUAGUUAAACACACGAUCCACAAAAGAAGCGAAAG